UACUCUUUCAACUUACGCAUAUCGAUGAUACAUCCAACCGCUCUAAACAUUUAAAAUGGAUCAAAAUGAGCCAAUGGAUGAUUUGACUUUUGAAAGAAAGCGACGUUUACUGACUUUACAAAUCGGCAAAAGCAUGAAUGAAGUCGUGAAUUUGAUGUCUGUUUUGAAUAAAAAUAUGGAAGGCAUUAACGGGGUUGGAAAGGAAUUUGAAAACGUUGCCUCAUUAUGGAAAGGAUUUCACGACUCAAUAUUAGAAAAAAAAGACUUGGAUAUGCCGGACGCUACCUAAAGAAUUGUCCGAGAGUAUAAAAGGACGAACAGUGCUUUAUAUUCAGUGAAAACAAAUAGCUAAUUCCAUAUCUUCUAAGAAUGAGAAUGAAUGCUGUUUUGAAUGAUUGCUAACCCUUGUCGUUUGGGCUACUGUAACUGGAAAAGAGUCUCAUUUGUGUAUAUGUAUACACCAAGCGAGGUGCAGGUUUUUUCUAGCUCAUUUCUACUAUUCAUUUGGAUAUAAAUCACUUUCUGCAAAGCUCUCAAAAUCACACUUCCCUUGUUAGGUCUUAAUUUACCUCGGUACAAAUAGUACAGCAUGGGAAUCUAAUGAAUUCACGACUCUUAAAGAGGAAUAAAAGACUAUGUACAUUUUGAUCUAUUAAUAGUUUAACCUUGCUUCGCUCUAUCAGCAGGAAUUAUAAACUAGGUCUUUUAUUACAAAAAAGGGUUAUGAAGAGCUAUGAAUGUAUUGACGCUAUACUUUUUUCAGGAUCAAAAAAGAACAAAAAAUAGAUAUCCGUUAUUAAAAUAAACAACAUAGAAAACAAAGCCAUUGGACUUGCAAUCAUGUAUGAGCAAACGAUACAAAACAAAAAAUAAAAAAAAGGAAAGCAUCUUUCAUACGUUCGUUUCAAGGGGAAAGCAAGUUGACCCAAAUCAAUCAACAAAAAUAUUGGUCAUUAAAAUAGAUAAAUGGAGGAGCCAAAACAAUUCAUGAAACCUGAAUAAUUGAAGAGGAAAAAGAGAGAGAGAGAGGGAAGGUUUAAAGAAUGACACAUGAUCUUUUCGAAAAAGAAAAUGUCUUUUUCAUGGUUAAGCUUACAGCGAGAUGGAAUACAUCAUUGAUUCCUGAUGCUUCCUUUGCUGAGCAUUCCACAUAAGGUGAAUUUAUGGAUGAUGCUACAGAUUGAGCCUAAGUACUUUGUUAGAAAAAGGAAAGAUUAAUCUUUACACAAAAUACAACAUACCUGUUGAUAUGUUACAGGCGUAAGACCUUGAGUACGUAGAACCUCUUCAGCAUUUCUAUCCUUCCUUAGAUCAGAUUUGAGACCAACUAGCAUUGUGGGUGUCCGGGGACAGAAAUGCUGGACUUCCGGAAACCACUAGAAAACGAAAUGUUAGCAUAUACAAGAAAUUCAAUGAACAAAAGUUAGAUAUAAAAUGAAGCAUUGCAUUGCGUAGGUAAAAAAUAAGAUGUUCAAGCAUGUGCUUUCUAGCCUAUAUCGUUUAGUAGCUUACCUUUUCGCUAAUAUUAUGCAAUGAAGCAGGGCAAUCAAUUGAGAAACACAACAUGAUAACAUUGCUAUUUGGGUAACUUAGAGGACGAAGACGAUCAUAUUCUUCCUGUCCGGCCGUGUCCCAUAAAGCGAGUUCAAUGAUUUUGCCAUUAGGCUUAUAGGAGAAUUGUGUUAUGUA